AUGGUGUUUCGUACCAGAGGAGGAAUUGUGUCAGCGGUUACCCGCGUCCAGAAUUACAUCAAUGGCCUCUCAGAUGCUUCAGACGAAGAAAUCAACUUCAUUGGUUACAAGGCUAACCUCAUCAGUCAGCUCAACCUGGUGAAAGCAAUGAAAGCCAAAUACAUCGGCAUCCAGGAUGAUAUCAUCAAAGGUCUACCAGAUGGGGCUACAAAGGAAGCAGAAAUCGUUUCCAAAGAGGAUUUUAUUGAGCGUUGUGAUGAUUUGAUUAGUCAGAUUGAUACGCUCAUUCUUGAAGCACCACAAUCCUCUUCAGAUGACUCCAAAAGGGAUCCUUUGUCCACAAGUGACAUGGCAAAGUUCUUCACGGCCUUCAUAACCCAAGCUGAGCAGAGACACCAACAACAGAUGGAGUUGCUUUUGAGCACUCUGACAAACACAGCAAGUACCAAUGAUACUAACACAUAUUGCAAAACUACUAAAUUGCCUCAAACAAAAUUGCCCACCUUCGAUGGCAAACAUGCCUCUUGGAAAUCGUUCAAAGAUAGAUUCACUUCCUCUGUGAUCAAUGUACCUAACAUUAGUAAUGUUCAGAAAUUAGACUACCUGAUGUCCGCCGUAUCAGGAAAUGCUGAAGCUUGCAUUAAAAAGCUCAGCAUGACGGAUGAGAACUUUGCGGUUGCGUGGAAAAUCCUUGAGGACAAAUUUGACGACAAAAACGAGAUCGUGUCAGAAUAUAUUAAAACCUUCUUUGCAAUGCCACGCAUGUCUUCUUCGGGCGCCCAGGCCAUUCAAGAGAUUACCAACGUUUUCACUGAAUGCACGAUGGCAUUGGACGCCAUGGAUCGUUGCAAGGAUGUCAAGAAUUCUUCCUCAAGCUCCAACAAACCCUCAUCCAACACUUCUCAGAACUCUCGACCUAAUAAGCCUCAGCUCCCAAAGAGGCAAGCCACUGCUCUCACAAAUUCUGCGAAUGCUUCUUCUUGCCGCUGCUGUUCCGAAUCGUCUCACCCUCUCUACAAAUGUCCUAAAUUUCUCAAUCAAACUCCUGGGGAGCGAUUCGAAACUGUCAAAACUUUGAGUCUGUGUAGAAACUGCUUCGCUACACACUUGACUCACUCUUGCACUUACCACAAGUGCCGAAAGUGCCAAGGACGGCACAACAUCCUUCUGCAUGACAAGUAUGCUUCUGACUCAUCCAAUCGCACUGAUCCUGCUUCAUCUUCUGCGAAUUCUGCAUCAAACUCCGGGUCUCCUUCCUCAAAUCAUACUUCGGAUUCGUCCGCUGUCGUCGCUGUAUGUGCUUCGUCAGAAAGUGAUCACUCUGAUUUACCUCCGAGGGUCUUCCUCGCGACGGCUUUGGUCAAUAUUCUCACGGCAAACGGCGAGAUGAUUCCCUGUCGCAUUAUCUUAGAUGGGGGAGCCCAAGUGAAUAUUAUGACGUCAGACUUAGCUCAACGCUUGAAUCUGCCGAGAUUUGCUUCUCGAUUGUCAAUUGCUGGGGUAAAUUCCACUCGAUCUCGUGCACGAUUCUAUGUGAAUGCAACCAUCCUUUCGAGGACUUCGGAUACGCAAUUCACCUUGAAAUGCUUCGUUUUGCCUAGUGUCGCUGGCAACAUUCCAAACUGGCCUGUCGACACCUCCAUGCUUCACAUUCCUCAUGAAGUUGCUUUAGCCGAUCCUGAUUGGGCGGUGCAAAGGCCUGUGGAUUUACUCAUAUGCGGCAAUCAUUAUUGGGCAAGUUGGUUAACCGACUCUAUAAGCUUGGGCCCAGGAUUGCCAAUCCUCAAAGAGACUGUCUUCGGCCAUGUUGUGGUCGGAGAACAAGAGCCUAUACCUCCACCCGAGAGCUUUGCCUUCACCGCCACUGCCUUGGAUCAAUCUAUUCGACGUUUCUGGGAGAUUGAAGAUGCGUCUGAACCUACAUCAGGGACUGAUGACCAAAUUGCCGCUGAAAAUCAUUUUGCUUCUACUCACCAGCGCAAUGAAGAUGGAAGAUUCAUCGUCCAACUCCCCUUCAGAGAGGACCCGCGUGUACUUGGAGAAUCUAGACCGCUUGCCAUCCGGCAAUUUCUCGCAUUGGAGCGCAGGUUUGACAAGAAACCUGCCAUGCGUACGGCUUACCGUGAUAUUCUACAUGAUCAGCUUCGGAGAGGAUGGAUAGAACCUGUACCCCAUGACGACUCCAACGUGAGUCCUGCUUAUUACAUGCCUCAUCAUGGCGUGUACAAGGAAUCCUCUACCACCACAAAGUUACGGAUCGUUUAUAAUGCGAGUGCUAAAACAUCAUCUGGAUCUAGCCUCAACGAUUUGUUACGCAUUGGACCGGUAGUUCAACCAGAUCUCGCCACCAUCUUACUUCGCUUUAGAAAACAUCCAUAUGCCAUGACUGCAGACAUAAGUAAGAUGUAUCUACAGGUCAUGCUAGAUCCCUCACACGCAAACUUUCAACGCUUCGUCUGGCGAGAUGAAAAAUCACAACGCAUUCAGGAUUUCCGCAUCACACGUGUAUGUUUCGGAGUGGCAUCGUCCCCUUUUCUAGCCACUAGGGCGCUUAUUCAAUUGGCUCAGGAAAGUGAGAGGACCCAUCCACUUGCAUCGGAGGCACUUCGAAACUCAUUCUACGUGGACGACUGCAUAAUCUCGGUAGAAUCCUUGCCAAAGGCGCAUGAAAUCCAGAAUCAGCUUAUUGAAGUUUUGAAAGGUGGUGGGUUUCUGCUCACCAAAUGGAUUGGAAAUCAUGCAGAACUGCAACCAUCACCAUCCACAGAAGAUGACACAGUCCAUAUCAACGACUCGUCCACUAGUACUUUGGGAAUCUCAUGGGACUCGAAACUAGAUGCAUUUUCAUUUCGUUCUCCCAUUUCCCCUGAUGAAGUCUGCGAUACAAAGAGGAAAGUCCUUUCGGCCAUAGCAAGGUUGUUCGAUCCCCUAGGAUUGAUUGGGCCCAUUGUCAUCGUAGCGAAGAUGAUUUUGCAGGACGCUCACAGCCUCAAGAUUGGAUGGGAUGAUCCAAUCCCAGAUUGGUUAGGCCUGAGGUGGAAUGCCUUUGUCUCUGACUUGCAGCAUCUCAAUCAACUCAGCAUUCCACGUUGGGUCUCACACAUUCCUGCACCCGUUCACAUCGAACUCCAUGCUUUCGCUGAUGCGAGCCAAAGAGCAUAUGGGGUGGCGAUUUACUUGGUGAAUAGUGAUGAAGAAGGAGCUGUUAGUUCUCGACUUUUGAUUGCCAAGUCUCGAGUUGCCCCUAUCACUCGGCAAACGAUUCCUAAAUUAGAGCUUUGUGGCGCGCAUCUCGCUGCUGAACUGGCUACGCGAGUGAGGAAACAAUUUGAUCCCGACGAUGUCUUUUUCUGGACAGAUUCAACCAUCGUGUUGUAUUGGCUCAAUGGCUCUUCAGAUCACUACAAUCGAUUCGUGAGCAAAAGGGUUAAGGAGAUUUUGAUGAUGUCAACAGCCUCUCAAUGGCGUCAUGUACCCACAUCUUGUAACCCCGCUGACAUCAUAUCCAGGGGAGCCACACCAAUACAACUUGAGGAGUCCUCCUUAUGGUGGCAUGGACCAGAAUGGGUGAAGCAAUCCAAGGAAAAUUGGCCUCCGGAAUUCCAACAAUUUGGCAUUCCUGCUAAUUCUCUGCCAAUAGUCCUAACAGAAACCGGAGAGGAUCAAUCUGAGUCGCUGCUUUCCAAAUUAUUAUUGCGUCACUCGACAUUGUCAAAGCUUCAGCGCAUCAUCGCGUACUGCCGCAGAUUCAUCACUCCCAAAGAGAGACGACAGCAAGGCAUUUUAUCUCCCGAGGAGCUUAACAAAGCAUUGGAGCGCUUGAUCUUCAUGGAUCAGAGUGAGAAUUUUCCGGGAGUCGCUGGAAAUAUUCUAAGUCGGGGCAGAAUUACACUGUCACAGUUCAAAUCCUUAUCGGCAUUGACUCCAUUUGUUGAUUUUGGGGGAUUAAUCAGAGUGGGUGGUCGCCUGGAGAAUUCCGACAUGCCAUUCCAAUCUAAACAUCCACUCCUCCUCCCCAAGUCUCCACUCACAAAGCUCAUAGUCCGGAACGAACAUCUCAAACAAUGCCAUGCUGGACCUUCACUGCUUCUAGCCACACUGAGACAAAGAUUCUGGCCUUUGUCCGGCAGGAAUGUUGUUAGGAAGAUUGUUCACGACUGCAUUCGAUGUACACGCGCGAAUCCGCGCCCUUUGCAACAGUUGAUGGGAGACCUCCCUCAACACCGUGUCACGCUCGAUCGUCCGUUCCAAAUCACUGGGGUGGAUUAUGCAGGUCCCAUUAUGUACCGUCCCUCGGUACCCCGGGGAGCGAUUGAGAGAAAACUGGGACUGCAGAAGGGCUAUAUUGCUGUGUUUAUAUGCAUGGCUACAAAGGCGGCCCACAUAGAGUUCGUGACAAGCCUCUCAACUGAGUCAUUCUUGGCUGCUUUCCGCAGAUUUGCUUCCCGAAGAAAUACGCCAGCACAAAUGUAUUCCGACUGUGGAACAAAUUUUGAAGGAGCAUCGCGGGAGCUAGCCAAACUUUUCCGUCAGGAACAAACGCAACAGGAGAUCGUAGAGGGAACUCGUGAAACUGGGAUAACCUGGCACUUCAUGCCUGGACGUGCGCCUCACCAUGGUGGCCUAUGGGAGGCCUGUGUCAAGAGCGUAAAGUAUCAUUUGACCAGAGUUGUCCAACACACCAAUUUCGCAUACGAGGAGCUGUGCACAAUCCUGUGCCAAAUAGAAGCCAUCUUGAACAGCCGCCCGAUAUCCCUCAUCUCUGACAAUCCCAACGAAAAGGAGUUCUUGACACCAGGACACUUUCUUACAGGUGUCCCAGGAAACUUCCCACCAGACCCAAAUGUCACGCAGAUUCCAGAGAACCUACUUGGGAUUUUCGGCUUCUCACUGCAUUGGUGUCUUCUGGAGAAUCUUGUGGAAGAAUUGGGCAGUUCAUCAGGAGGAUUUUCACCUGGAAGACCCACUGAGAGCCCCCUCGAAGCAAUCCAGAAGGCGAAAUAG